UUCUGAACCAUGAUCUUGUUCUUGUUGUGAUGACUAACAUGAAGAGGAUGAAUUCCACCCAUGUGUCUUAUUUUAAAUUAGCUGCAUAUGUGGACAUUGGUCUGUUUAAAUAUCUGGUCUUUGUGUCUCUUCUGUGUCUGUAUGUAUUGAUCAUUGUCUCCAACCUGCUGUUGAUUGUUGUCAUCUGUAUGAACAGGAGUCUACAUGAACCUAUGUACCUGUUCCUGUGCAGCCUGUUUGUGAAUGAACUGUAUGGAGCCACAGGUUUGUUUCCACUCUUACUCAUCCAGGUUCUCUCUAAUGUCCAUGUUGUUUAUUUUCCUUUCUGUUUCCUGCAGAUCUACUGUCUGUACUCUUAUGUAUGUGUUGGAUAUUUGAAUUUAACUGCCAUGUCUUAUGACCGCUACCAUGCUAUCUGUCACCCUCUGCAGUACAACACACACAUGACAACUAAAAGAGUGGCCGCUCUCGUGGCUCUGACCUGGUUGUUUCCUCUUCUCACCAUAGUUGUACUGAUCUCCUUGACUUUACGUCUGCAUCUGUGUGGAAACAUUAUCCACAAAGUUUACUGUGACAACUUCUCUGUGGUCAAAUUGUCAUGUUCUGACACCAGGAUCAACAACAUCUAUGGACUUCUCUAUACCUUGGUGAGUAUUGGGAUCCCUCUGGUCCUGAUCUUAGUCACAUAUGUGAAGAUUUUUAAAGUCUGUUUCUCUGGCAGUAAACAGACCAGACAGAAGGCUCUCAGCACCUGCUCUCCUCACCUGGCCUCACUCAUCAACUUCUCCUUUGGAGUUUGUUUUGAAGUGUUACAGAGCAGGUUUGACAUGAGCAAUGUCCCUAAUAUUCUGAGAGUGUUCUUGUCUUCAUAUUUCCUCACCUGUCAGCCACUGUUCAACCCUCUGAUGUACGGACUCAAACUGUCCAAGAUCAGGAACAUUUACCUGCGUCACAACUCAAGAUAGUGUGAAUAAUUCAGGUCUAAUUCUCAGCCAAGUUCACACUCAACCAUUAAGCUAAUUUCCGUCUAACGACUAUUGUCACAACAAUUUCUCUCACCUUUUUUUUUUUGAAAAAAUAUAAGUUUAUCUGCUGAUGCAAAACUAUCAGCAGCAACUGAUUCUAUUUUAAAGUCAAACAUCUUGGUCAGUUGUUUGGGAUAAUACAUUUUUGCAAAUUUUGCACUGAAGGAAAAUGUAUGACAUGAGAACUAUGUACUGUAUGAAAGUGUUUGGUCUAUCGACAUCAUCACAUGACUAUGGCUAAACUAAUGAUUUAUUUGGAAAAAAAAACAAAAAAACAAAUUAAACUGUUGAACCACCACUGUCUGAACUGAUUUUUCCUUAACAUUCACUAUUCAUAGACGCCACCACUGUUAAUGUGUUCAGAAGGUCAGGCUUGUUGUUUGAUAGAUUUAACAAAUACAGAGUUGUGUGUUAGUGUGUGUUGUAAUUAUUGAUGAAACUUAUUUUUUAACUUAUAAAAAAAUGAAGCCCAUACCAUGAUAAGCAGCUGUAGGCCUAUUUCAGGCAGGGUCAAAGGAAAUCUGUCCUGUCUGCAUUUGUAAUGUGCAUUAUUUGUGUUUUUUCAGAAAGUGGGGACAAUGUUGUGUACUACUGAUACCAGAAAAGAAAAUAAUAAUAAUAAUAAUUGUUAUUAUUAUUAUUGAGUCCCUAAUUUGUCCCACAAUGGGGAAAUCUACAGUGCAGAUCUUUGCAACCGUCAUAGGCUGCCUCAUGAGGUGAGUAAGGCAGACAAAGAAAAUGAAAGAAAAAACAGAAAUGUUCAAACUGUGGGGAACAAUUCUCCGGCCACAUGCCAAUCUGUCUAUAAUGUCCACUCAGACCACCACUGUCUCCUCUGUCUCUAAUGUCCACUCAGACCACCACUGUCUCCUCUGUCUCUGUUUGGACAUCUUUCUGCGCAGAAACAUCAUCACCACCUCUACCUUCAACAUGUUUGUAAUGAGAAACUAAUUGCCUUGAAAUUAACACUGAACUCAUCACUGCCCCAUAGUGGAUGUAUUGCUUGCAGCCAAACAUAAGGCAUGGGCAUAUGUGGACAGUGACAUUUAAAACUUAUAAACCCAAGAAGAAGAAUACAUGAGGUUUAAUUACUGCAACUUCCUAAGGCCGACUCGUAAUCUGUAAACUAUUUUACAGUAUAUUUAUUUACUCUGAACAUGUAUGUCACAUACGGUACGUCAUUCCCAGCUUUAGUGUUUCAUAUAAAACUGUCAUCAGAAAACAUGACGUAUUCGUCCAAAAUAUGAACUGUAUUAUUUGGCAGAUUCUGCUCUUUAAUUGUGCAUCUUGUCAGCUGUGCAGGCACAGAGGCAUUAAUAACAUUAAGUAAAACUAAAAAAAGAAAAGAUUGUUUUUGUCUGUUAUUUUUAUUUUCUUCAGCCCAC